AUUUUACACAAUAAAAAAAUGAAUAGUGAUUGAUGCCAUGGUCAUUUAAUUUCUAUCCAUCCAUCCAGCGCGCUCCCCAGAUUCUGAAAUGGAGAAAAGUAAUGCAGCCGCAGCUACAGUUCAGCAUGUCACCAGAUCUUCAUCGGACGAGCUUCUCAGGAAGUUCGCCGAAGUGGGAGGGUCUCUAUCGGAAGACAGGCGACAGCUCCGACUCGUCAAGCGCCUCAAAAGGAGAGAACUCGCUCUGUUCGCCGCCGCCGGCGCUCGUCGUCGUAGUAGCAGCAUUUAUUGCGGAAGAGAAGCGGCCAAUGGCAGUGGUGCGACGGUGGUGGAGCGCAAGUCUCUUCUCUCUCCGCCGGCUUAUAAGAGGCCGACUCCGCAUUUCGGAAUUGGGAAAGUUAGGGUCCGAGCCCGGGAGUUGAAUAAUAGGUCUUUCGUGGCUACGCUAGUAAAGACAUGGCGAAAGACUGUAGAGGGGGCUUCCAAGAUUUUCUUAGAGAAACAAAAGCAUUAUAACCAACACAAGCGCCUCAUCAAUAGCGACGACAUCUACUAGCAACGCAACAUCGAUCAAUGAUUUAUUCCGGCCUGGCUUAAUCAUUUGUUUAUUUAUUUAGGGAUUAUUUAUUUUUGAAAGGAAUCAUUUAUUUAUUUAUUUUGUACGUACAAGUUGUUUUAUACACGGAGAAUGAAUUAUUGUUUGAAAGGAAUAAACUUUAGAGCCUUUUGGUAACAUUGAAAUCGACAAAAUCGUCUUAUUCUGCUGAAAUUUAUAAAGUUCUGUCU